AUGUCGGCCUCUAACCUCCCAUUCACCUGCGCCCUUGUCACUGGCGGCGGCGGCGGCAUCGGCAAAGCGUUCUCAGCCUAUUUGAUCUCCAAAGGCGUCAAAGUCAUCAUCGCUGGCCGGACAGAAUCAAAUCUCCAGUCGACAGCACGCGAAAUCGGGGCAGCAGCAUACUAUGUGCUGGAUACAGGCAGGACUGAUACAAUCCCCCAAUUUAUCUCGAGCGUAACAAGGGAGCAUCCCGAGCUGGAUUGCCUUAUGAACAAUGCAGGCGUGCAACGGCCGUUGGAAGUAUUCAAGACCCCAACCGAGGAGUAUCUCCAAAAAGCAGACCAGGAAAUCGAUAUCAAUAUCCGGGGCCCAAUGCAUCUAACCCUCGGGCUACUCGAGCAUUUCAAGACGAAGCCGUCGGCGGCUAUUAUCAACGUUUCCUCGGUGCUAGGUUUCAUACCCUUCUCGGUGAUUAACCCGGUUUAUAAUGGGACCAAGGCGUGGCUACAUUUUUGGACGGUGACUCUGAGGACACAGAUUGAGUGGGCGGGGCUAAAGGAUCGGAUCAAAGUGAUUGAGAUUGCGCCGCCGAGCGUGGAGACGGACCUGCAUCGUGAAAGGGAGAAUCCGGAUGAUAAUAAGAAGAAGAACAAUCCGAACUCAUUGAGCAUCGAAGAGUUUAUGCAUGAGGUGUCGCCGCAGUUGGAGGCGGGAGAGGAGAUGAUUGGAGCUGGACCAAGUGCGAACUUUCUGAGGAAGUGGUAUGAUGCGUAUGGGGAGGCGUAUACUAAGGCCACCACGAAGAAGGCCUGA